UGUGAUUAAAUGGCGUAUGGUAAAUCGUGUUGUAACUAUUAUUUCUCUCUCAAUAUAUUUCAGUGGCGACGAAGUGGUUAAAAUGUCGAUCGGUAAAAUUUCCGAGUUUAAUAUGCAUUCGGACAAUUGGAAAUUGUACGUAGAAAGGUUGGAACAGUACUUUAAAGUGAACAAAAUUGAUAGUGACUUGUAUGUUCCGACAUUAAUAACAGUCAUGGGUGCCGAGUGCUAUGAACUGUUGGUGAAUUUGUGUACACCUGCGAAACCCACGUCAAAAACUUUCAGUGAACUAACGGUUAUAUUGGAAAAACAUUUACAACCGAAACCAAGUAUACUGGCGGAAAGGUUUAAAUUUCGACAUCGCAAGCAAAGGGAAGGUGAAAGUAUAGCAGAAUAUGUUGCUACAUUGAAAUGUUUGUCCAAGACUUGCGAAUUUGGCAAUUGGUUAGAAGAGAGUUUGCGGGAUCAGUUUGUGUGUGGCAUCACGAGCGAAACGAUACGUCAACGGUUGUUCGCAGAAGAGAAGUUGGAUUUUGGGAAGGCGUACGGUUUAGCUAUGAGCUUAGAAGCGGCAGAGAAGAACGCGGCUAUCGUGGAGGCGCCUCCGAGUUCAAGUUCAGGGCUAUCGGCGGCGCGAGCAAGUUUGCAGAAUGUCAGGCCAUCGCGGGCGCAGGACGUCGACGGGCCCCGGGUGGCGGGGCGGAGUCACGGCGCGUAGAUGAUGACGGUCGCGGCAGGCGGCGUCAGUCGGGAUUCCCUCAGGGGGUGCGCGCGGACGUCCGCUCGGCAGUUAACCCAUUGACAGGUUCAGUGUCAGCGCAAGGCAAUCGCUGUAGUGUGUGUGUGGGCUAUUCCAUAAAGGCGGCGGCCGGGACACCUGUAAAUAUCGUCAAUACUUCUGCCGAAUUUGUGGCUCCCAAGGUCAUCUUCGUCGUGUUUGUCCUUAUCUGGCAAACCAGCACCGGGUAGAAGUAACAGAAGGCCCUUCUACCACUGCAGGCAGUGAUAACAGUGAGGAUAGUGACGAGGUAAUUAGUACUUGCAUAAAUAAUCUGUCAAUCCAGCAGUGUAAGCCUAUAGAAGUGACGUUAAAUAUUCAGGGUCAGGAUUUGACGAUGGAGUGUGAUACAGGCAGUGCCGUGUCAUGUAUCAGUUAUAAUUGGUAUAAAAGAAAAUUUAGUGAUUUAAAGCUAUUUAAUAGUAAGUUGCAAUUGAGAUAUUACACUGGAGAGUGUAUAUCGCCCGUGGGCCUUUUGAAACCACUAGUAAGAUAUGGACAGACUAAAAAAUAUUUAGAUUUGUAUGUAAUAAAUAAUGGCAAAACUAGUCUAUUAGGUAGACAGUGGCUAAUUGAAUUAAAUGUAAGAAUACCCAGUUUCGUGAGCUCUGUUAAUAGCAUCGUAGAGGAAGUUUUUAACAUGGAAAAAUUCAGUUCCAGAUACUGUAAUGUGUUCGCGGACGGCCUGGGACGGUUCACCGGCGGCCGGGUGAGCAUCCGCCUGCGAGAGGACGCGAAGCCCGUGUUCAUGCGCGCGCGCCCACUCGCUUAUGCGCUGCGUGAGCCAGUGGAGCGUGCGUUAGAACAGCUGGUAAGGGACGGCAUCCUCACUCCGGUCGACCGCUCCGACUGGGCGACUCCAAUCGUACCGGUAAUUAAGAAAGACGGAACUAUCCGGAUUUGCGCUGAUUAUAAACUCACGUUAAAUAAACUAAUUGAAGUCGAUCGAUACCCAUUGCCGAAAGUCGACGAUUUAUUAACGCGUGUAAACGGGGGGCAACGAUUUAGUAAGAUUGACUUAUCGCAAGCAUAUGCACAAUUUGAACUGGAUGAGUCAAAGCAGUAUAGCGUGAUAGCGACGCACAAAGGUUUAUAUAUGUAUAACAGACUUAUAUACGGUCUUGCUUCGAGCAGGCAUUUUUCAAAAGAAAUUGGAAGCAUUAUUUGCAGAUUUGCCUCAGGUAGGUGUUUUUCUUGACGAUAUUAUUAUUACGGGAAGAAACGACAAGGAACAUACGUCGAACCUGCAUAAAGUUUUCGAUAGAUUACAGGAGUACGGCUUACGUGUAAAAAAAGAAAAAUGUGUUUUCUUUGCCGAAUCUAUUAAUUAUUUAGGGUACUGUAUUAGUAAGAACGGGGUUCAUACCUGUCCAGAUAAGGUAAAAGCAAUUGUUGAUACACCAGCACCUAGCGACGUAUCACAGUUGAGAGCUUUUAUCGGUAUGGUGAUGUACUACGCGAAAUUCAUUAAAAAUGUUAGUACUAUUCUAGCACCUUUAUACAAUUUGUUGCGCGCCAAAAAUAAAUUUGUUUGGUGUGAACGAUGCGAGGCUGCUUUUAGAGAAAUUAAGCGAUUGUUAGUUUCAAGCGAGGUGUUGGUGCACUACUCGCCGGAUCUGCCUCUUGUGCUCACCGCUGACGCCAGCUCCACUGGGCUAGGGGCGGUAAUAUCGCAUCUCACACCGGAAGGAGAACGGCCCAUAGCUUUUGCAUCAAGAACUUUAACCUCGGCUGAACGUGCAUAUGCACAAAUCGAUAGGGAAGCAUUAGCUAUUAUAUAUGGUGUAAAAAAAUUUCAUCAAUUUUUGUACGGCCGGGAGUUUAUUUUGAGAACAGACCAUAAAGCACUUACUUUUAUAUUUGGCCAUAAAACAGGUAUACCGGUGAUGGCAGCGUCACGUAUACAAAGAUGGGCAAUCCUGUUAGCAGGGUAUAAUUAUAAAAUUGAAUUUGUUACAUCGGCUGAAAACUGUGCCGAUGGAUUAUCGCGCUUACCUCUUAUUAAAAAAGAAUGCCGUAGGACAGAAGGGUUGACUUAUUUGAACUUAAGAUCUAGGUUAGAUUUGUUAAGACCAAAUAGAGCGCGGGAAACUAGGGUACUAGAGGCUCAGCGUAAGCAGGUAGAAUAUGCUGGCGGUGUAACGAGACAGCUCGCCGAGGGGGAAGCGGUUUGGACUCGGGAGUAUGGCGGAAAUGAAAAAUGGGUCAAGGGUAAAAUAUGUAGGCAAGAGGGAACUCGUAGGUAUGUUGUAGACAACGGGGAUGGCAAAAUGAUGCAACGUCAUGUAGAUCAGAUCAGACGCAGAUCGCGGUUAUCCGAUGUCGCAUGUCCCAUGUCGGAUAAGGAGUUGAGUUCUACCGAGAGUGAGGUAGCUGUCGAGGAGUCGGUAGUGGUGCCAGAAGAGGGUGCAUCGGAAAUAGUCGUGGGGAAGGAGUUGCAGAUGCAUAAGGAUUUGCCUUCGAGCGCUAGUACGCAGUUAUCACCUCCAGCUCUUCCGUCACCACAACUGACAGCUGUAGUAGAGAACCGUCCCAAAAGAGUGCGUAACCCAGUGGUACGUUUCAGAAUAGAAUAAGAUUAGUUGAUAAGUAAUUAGGGAUUAUAGUACAUUAAAUUCAUAAGUUCUUUUAGUUUGUAAAUCAAAUGGUUUAGUAGAUUUGGCAGGGAGGUGUAAUGUAUGCUAGGUUAACAUUUGUAGGUAGUCACAUAAAUUAUGUCAUCUUUCUGUGUGUGAUUAAAUGGCGUAUGGUAAA